UUCAUUGCUCGGCUAGGUUAGAUCACUCUUAGACCAUGGGGGGCUCGCUCGACUGUGGAGCGCUGUUAAUUCUGCCGAAGGAUCUCGCGGCCGCCAGAAGCCACCAUGGGACACAGUAAACAGGUUCGGAUCUUACUGCUGAACGAAAUGGAGAGACUGGACAAGACCCUCUUCAGACUGGAGCAAGGAUUUGAACUACAGUUCCGGUUAGGCCCGACUUUACAGGGAAAAGCAGUCACUGUGUAUACAAAUUACCCAUUUCCUGGAGAAACAUUUAAUCGAGAAAAAUUCCGUUCUCUGGAUUGGGAAAAUCCAACAGAAAGAGAGGAUGAUUCUGAUAAAUACUGUAAACUUCAUCUGCUGCAAUCUGGUUCAUUUCAGUAUUAUUUCCUUCAAGGAAAUGAGAAAAACGGGGGAGGCUACAUAGUGGUGGACCCUGUCCUGCGUGUCGGCGCUGACAGUCACGUGCUGCCCUUGGACUGCGUCACUCUCCAGACGUUCUUAGCCAAGUGCUUGGGGCCCUUUGAUGAGUGGGAGAGCAGACUCAGGGUUGCAAAAGAAACAGGUUACAACAUGAUUCAUUUUACCCCAUUGCAGACUCUUGGACUGUCUAGGUCAUGCUACUCCCUUGCAGAUCAACUAGAAUUGAAUCCUGACUUUUCAAGGCCUAACAGAAAGUAUGCCUGGAAUGAUGUUGGACAGCUAGUGGAAAAGUUGAAAAAGGAGUGGAAUAUUCUUUGCAUUACUGAUGUUGUCUACAAUCAUACUGCUGCAAACAGUAGAUGGCUCCAGGAACACCCAGAAUGUGCAUAUAAUCUUGUGAACUCUCCACACCUGAAGCCUGCUUGGGUCUUAGACAGAGCCUUUUGGCAUUUCUCCUGUGACGUUGCAGAAGGAAAAUACAGAGAAAAAGGAGUACCUGCCUUGAUUGAAAAUGAUCAGCACAUGAAUUGCAUCCGAAAAAUAAUUUGGGAGGAGAUUUUUCCAAGGAUUCAACUCUGGGAAUUUUUUCAAGUAGACGUUUACAAAGCAGUUGAGCACUUUAGAGGACUUCUUACACAAGAUAAUAGGAGAGUCACCAAGUCUGACCCAAAGCAGCACCUUCAGAUUAUCCAGGACCCUGAGUACAGGCGACUCGGCUGCACCGUGGACAUGAACGUGGCACUAGCCACCUUCAUACCUCAUGACAAUGGGCCAGCCGCGGUUGAAGAGUGCUGCAGUUGGUUGCGAAAGAGACUUGAGGAAUUAAAUGCAGAGAAACUGCGACUCAUGAACUAUCACCAGGAGCAGGCAGUUAAUUGCCUUUUGGGGAAUGUGUUUUAUGAACGACUGGCUGGCCACGGUCCUAAGCUAGGACCCGUCACGAGGAAGUAUCCUUUAGUGACAAGGUACUUUACCUUCCCAUUUGAAGAAACAGCCUUCUUUACAGAAGAGUCUAUGAUCCAUCUCCCAAAUAAAGCUUGUUUUCUGAUGGCACAUAAUGGAUGGGUCAUGGGAGACGAUCCUCUUCGAAACUUUGCUGAACCAGGGUCAGAAGUUUACUUAAGGAGAGAACUUAUUUGCUGGGGAGACAGUGUUAAGCUGCGCUAUGGGAAUAGGCCAGAGGACUGUCCUUACCUCUGGGCACACAUGAAAAAAUACACGGAAAUCACUGCAACGUACUUCCAGGGAGUGCGUCUGGACAACUGCCACUCUACGCCGCUGCAUGUAGCCGAGUACAUGUUGGAUGCUGCUAGGAGACUGCAACCCAAUUUAUACGUGGUAGCUGAACUGUUCACAGGAAGCGAAGACCUGGACAACAUCUUUGUCACUAGACUGGGCAUCAGUUCCUUAAUUAGAGAGGCGAUGAGCGCAUACAAUAGCCAUGAGGAGGGCAGGCUGGUCUACCGAUAUGGUGGAGAGCCCGUGGGGUCCUUUGUCCAGCCCUGCCUGAGGCCUCUGAUGCCAGCCAUCGCUCAUGCCCUGUUCAUGGACAUCACCCAUGACAACGAGUGUCCCAUUGUGCACAGGUCAGCGUACGAUGCUCUUCCCAGUUCCACCAUUGUCUCCAUGGCGAGCUGUGCUAGUGGCAGUACCAGGGGCUACGAUGAGCUGGUACCUCACCAGAUUUCAGUGGUUUCUGAAGAGCGGUUUUACACUAAGUGGAAUCCUGGAGCAUCCCCAUCAGACACAGGUGAAGUUAAUUUCCAGAGUGGCAUCAUUGCAGCCAGGUGUGCUAUCAAUAAACUUCACCAAGAGCUCGGAGCCCAGGGCUUCAUUCAGGUGUAUGUGGACCAGGUUGACGGAGACAUAGUGGCAGUGACGCGACACUCGCCGAGUAUCCAUCAGUCUGUGGUGGCUGUGGCGAGGACUGCCUUCAGAAAUCCCAAGACUUCGUUUUACAGCAAGGAAGUGCCCCAGAUGUGCAUCCCUGGCAAAAUUGAAGAAGUAGUUCUUGAAGCUAGAACUAUUGAAAGAAAUACAAAGCCUUACAGAAAGGCUGAAAAUUCAAUAAAUGGAAUGCCAGACAUCACAGUGGCAAUUAGAGAGCAUAUUCAGCUUAAUGAAAGUAAAAUUGUUAAACAAGCAGGAGUCGCCACAAAAGGUCCCAAUGAAUAUAUUCAAGAAAUUGAGUUUGAAAACCUGUCUCCAGGAAGUGUAAUUAUAUUCAGAGUUAGUCUUGAUCCCCACGCACAAGUCGCUGUCGGAAUUCUUAGAAACCAUCUGACACAGUUCAGUCCUCACUUUAAAUCUGGGAGCCUUGCUGUUGACAAUGCAGAUCCUAUAUUAAAAAUUCCUUUUGCUUCUAUUGCUUCUAAGUUAACUUUGGCUGAGCUAAAUCAGAUCCUUUACCGAUGUGAAUCAGAAGAACAGGAAGAUGGUGGAGGGUGCUAUGACAUACCCAACUGGUCAGCCCUCAAAUACGCGGGUCUUCAAGGAUUGAUGUCCGUACUGGCAGAAAUAAGACCAAAGAAUGACUUGGGGCAUCCUUUUUGCGAUAAUUUGAGAUCUGGAGAUUGGAUGAUUGACUAUGUCAGUAGCCGGCUUAUAUCACGAUCAGGGACCAUUGCCGAAGUUGGCAAGUGGCUGCAAGCGAUGUUCUUCUACCUGAAACAGAUCCCUCGUUACCUUAUCCCAUGCUACUUCGAUGCCAUAUUGAUUGGUGCCUACACCACCCUCCUGGACGUGGCCUGGAGGCAGAUGUCAAGCUUUGUUCAGAAGGGUUCAACCUUCGUGAAGCACCUUUCACUGGGCUCCGUUCAGAUGUGUGGAGUGGGAAAAUUCCCUUCCCUGCCACUUCUCUCUCCUUCACUUGCGGACGUGCCAUAUAGGCUAAACAAGGUCACAAGAGAAAAGGAACAGUGUUGUGUUUCUCUAGCUGCAGGCUUACCUCACUUUUCUUCUGGUCUUUUCCGCUGCUGGGGAAGGGACACUUUCAUUGCACUUAGAGGUCUGCUACUGAUUACUGGACGCUACUUGGAGGCCAGGAAUGUUAUUUUAGCAUUCGCGUCUACCCUGAGGCAUGGUCUCAUUCCCAAUCUCCUUGGAGAGGGAACAUAUGCCAGAUACAACUGCCGGGAUGCAGUGUGGUGGUGGCUGCAGUGUGUUCAAGAUUACUGUCGCAUAGUCCCCAGUGGCCUGGACAUCCUCAGAUGCCCAGUUUCCAGGAUGUAUCCCACCGAUGACUCUGCGCCUCUGCCUGCUGGCACACUGGAUCAGCCGUUGUUUGAAGUGAUACAGGAGGCAAUGCAGAGACACGUGCAGGGCAUCCAGUUCCGAGAAAGAAAUGCGGGUCCACAGAUCGACCGGAACAUGAAGGAUGAGGGUUUUGAUAUAACUGCAGGGGUUAAUGAAGAAACAGGAUUUGUCUAUGGAGGAAAUCGCUUCAAUUGUGGAACAUGGAUGGACAAGAUGGGAGAAAGUGACAGAGCCAGAAACAAAGGCAUCCCAGCCACGCCAAGAGACGGAUCUGCCGUGGAAAUCGUGGGCCUAAGUAAAUCUGCGGUUCGUUGGUUGUUGGAAUUAUCCCAAAAAAAGAUUUUCCCUUAUCAUGAAGUAGCAGUAAAAAGACAUGGAAAGAUUGUAAAAGUCUCAUAUGAUGAGUGGAACAGAAAAAUUCAAGACAACUUUGAGAAGCUUUUUUAUGUUUCUGAAGACCCCUCCGAUGUCAGUGAAAAGCACCCGGAUCUCGUCCACAAGCGCGGCAUCUACAAAGACAGCUAUGGGGCCUCAAGCCCCUGGUGUGACUACCAGCUCAGGCCCAACUUCACAAUUGCCAUGGUGGUGGCCCCUGAGCUCUUUACUGCAGAAAAGGCAUGGAAAGCUUUGGACAUUGCAGAAAAAAAAUUGCUUGGUCCCCUUGGCAUGAAAACUUUAGAUCCAGAUGAUAUGGUUUACUGUGGAAUUUAUGACAAUGCCUUGGACAAUGACAACUAUAAUCUUGCUAAAGGUUUCAAUUAUCACCAAGGACCUGAGUGGCUGUGGCCUAUUGGGUAUUUUCUUCGUGCAAAAUUAUAUUUUUCCAAAUUGAUGGGUCCGGAGACUCACGCAAAGACCAUGUUUUUGGUUAAAAACGUUCUUUCCCGACAUUAUGUUCAUCUGGAGAGAUCCCCUUGGAAAGGGCUUCCAGAACUGACCAAUGAGAAUGGCCAGUACUGUCCUUUCAGCUGUGAAACUCAAGCCUGGUCAAUUGCUGCUCUUCUUGAGACACUUUAUGAUUUAUAAUUGAUCCGUGGGUAUUUAUUAAGUAUGCAAUCACCUGUACUAUGGGAUACAAGGUCAUUUAUAAUGCAAAGACCAUAUAUGCGCAUUUAAAAAUCUCAUUUAUUACAUUAUUGAUGCCCAAUUAAGUAAGCUUGUAAAAGCAUUGAUUUUUUUCUAUAAUGUACGUAGGUAAUUUUAGAUUUGAAUUAGAAACAUCAUUACCAGUGAGAUGUUUUUCUUUUUAGUUCAGUAAGUAUUCCUUAAAUGCCUAGAAAUCCAGAGUUUGAAAAGAAAACUCAUGUCAUCUUCUCUUUGCACAUAAGUGAAAAUAAAAUAUGAAAAUGUAAUAAUGAAAGAAAUGGAAAGAGAUCUUUAAAUUGUGGAAUAUCUUGUCUUCAGUAUCAAUAUACAGUGAAUAGGCUGGGUUCAUUUGUAUUCUCACCGUUUACUGUAGUAUCCUAAUACAUCCUCACUGCAUUCAGUGGGUAUUUAAUGAAUGCUGAAUGAGGGAGUUUCCACUUACAAUGUAUGCUCAUAUAUGAAUCACAGAUGUUCCACAUGUGCUGUUAUUUUUUUCACUGAUAUAUUAAUAUGUUUUUUAAUAUAAUGAAUGUCAACAGUAUAUUUUGCAUAAUUUACUUGUAUGGGGAAAAAUGCAAAGCAUUAGGAAGUUUCUUUCCCAAAACACAGUUUUGUAAACUGAGUAUUGAGUUUCAUUUUCCAUUAUAAGAUGGUUUACAUUUCAAAAUAGAAAUUGUUGGGCAUAUUUCUGAGAACUUUCAAGAAAAAAGAAUGUCAUUAAUUUUCUAAAGCUUAACUAUCUUCAGUUUGUGUGCAAAAAUCUAUCAUUAGAUCAUAGUUGUUACUGGUUUUCUAUAAGCCAAAACCUACUCUGGCAAGUUUAAUAUUGAGAAAUAUAGAUACAAAUUCAAUAGUUAUCUUGAAUUUAAUAAAAGCAUUUGACAAGUUUUUCAUGUUAAGUUAUUCUAAGAUACCUUAAAUCAAAAAAAGUCAUAAAAAGAAAAAGAUUUUUAACAUUUCUAUGAGUUAACAUUUUUGAAUAGUACUUAUUUCCUACAUGGAAUUUUUUUUUACUGUGUUUGUCUCAAAAAAAAACCACUUAAAUUAGAUCAUUAUGCUUUCAGUUGGAAGAAGGUAGUUGCAAAACACUCUCAUUACUAUUUAAUAUUAAUGGUGUACUUAACAGCUAAUAAAAUUAUGGUACAUUAGCAUUUUUCUUAGUUAGAGGUCACAUACCCAUGAACCCUAACUAAGAAAUAAAAACAAAGAAGAAAAUGAAGUAAGCACUAAAACUUCUGGGCAACAAAAAUUUAUAAAUGCUCCAGACGUCAAAUGCUCACACUUGAAAGCUCAUGCAAUUUUCUGUAAGAUUGUAGCCCACCAUUCUUCAAAGCUGACUCCACUUUAGAAAUAGUUUUGACUAGCUUAGUUUUCUGGUUUUCCAACCUAAAGCAAAUUAAAUGUACAAACUUAAAGACAGUGAUGACAGUAAUCUGGCCACUAUGUGAACACAUCGGUUUCUAGGUCUCCCAUUCUUCUUCGGUUCCUUCCUUGUCAGGCUUACCAGAACUGUACAGGUAAAAGAAACGAUCUUCCUGCAGAGAGCCAUCGGCCAGCCAAGGCUAGUGUGGUCUUGUUGCACCACCCUAUCUUUGAUAUUAAAGGAGGUAAGAAAGGUAAUAGAUAGCCAGCAUAGUUAAUCAAAACAGGAAACAACAGCUGACAGUUAAAUAUGACCAGAAAAAUAAAUAACGAGUUGGCAAUUUUUAAAAUUGGGUUAUCUGUGGUAGGGCAAACACCCACCUUCGUACAUGUUUGGGAUAUUGUGUUGCACUAGAAAGUUAAGUGGUUUUUAUUCCUAAUGAGGACUAUUAGUGGGAGAACAUGUUAUACUCUGCAUGGUCUGUUUUAAAGUUUAAGAAGGCAUGUUACACAUUAUUCCAUCCACAGUAGUUAAAAUAACGGUUUUAGACUUUAGAAGGAUGAGUGUCAUUUGACUAGAGAACAUUUAGGUAGAAUGCUUCAUUCUUGAGUGAUGCUGGAUAAGAUGUUAUUAGAUAACAUUUGACGACGGUCUGUGCCUCAGUUUCUCACUAAUCCAAAUCAGUCUCUUUAACAUGAGAAGUAAAUUUGCCAGUUCAACUAGUAUGCUGUGGUAUUUUAAUAAACUUUCAAAGGAAACUGGGGCAACAUGAGACCUGUCAUGUUUAUGGGUAUUGUAACAUAAGUGUAUUGCAAUUCACUUCUGGUAUGUCUUAAACUGCUUUAUCUAGUAGCCAAGUGUCUCUGCUAUGUCUGCGUGCCAAGAAAAUAAAAAUCUUUUCUAAAGGAU